AGUUCUCUCUUUACUGAAUAUCAACCUUUUCUUUCAAUAGUGAUGUGUCCUUCAUCAAAUUAGUAAUCCUUCACGAUCGCCACCUUUUCCCUUCUUUCACUGCCCAAACGUACAUUCACUGCGCACAACGUCGGCUUUAGUUAUUGCUUUAUUGCUUUCCUGCUCUUUUUUUUUUUUGCAGGCGUUUAAUUCGUUCCGCUUCAAGCCUUGAUGACCAGUUACGCGUUUUAGCCCAGGAGAAGUUCUGCUAACUUUUUGAGAAAAAGGCGUUGUAUAUAUGUUAAAUUUAUCUUUCUCUUUUUCAGUGAAGAACAAAGACGAAGAUGGGCGAAACAUUUUUUGGCAUGUCUGUGACCGUUCCAGCCCCUAUCGGGGUGCUCAUUGUGCUCGUUUUGAUCUGCUUGGCAGGUAUGAUGGCUGGGCUAGUUCUGUGCGUCUUCUCCCUCGACAUUGGUCGUCUAACUGGAAUCGCGUACAGCGGUAACCAAGCCGACGCCGAGGGCGCAAAGCGUCUACUGGCGAUUCUUGAGAAGCCGCAUUGGUUGCUCAUGGCCCUUCUCACGUGGAACGACAUUGCCCUCGAAAUGAUGCCGCUGGUACUCAACGCCUUUCUCAAUCCAGUGGUAGCCAUCGUCACCUCUGUUGCCAUAACGCUGAUUUUCUGCGAGAUUUUGCCGCAAGCCAUUUUUAUCCAUCACGCGUUCGAGUUCUGUGCCUUCCUGUCCCCGUUCAUCCGGGCACUGAUGUGGGUCACCGCACCGGUCGCGUGGCCGAUAGGCCGGCUGAUGGAUGCGAUUGUUGGCGACAAAGAGGCUGUCUUUUUCCAGCGCCGCGAGCUGCGCGAGAUUAUCCGCAUUCAGGACGAGAUGAACGAGAAGAAAAGGCAAGAGAAGCGUGCUGCUCAGGAGAGUGGCCAAGAGGACGAGGAAAACGAAAGCGACGAGGAGGAUCUCACCAAGGAAGAAGCGACUCUGAUGCUCAAUGUCCUCAGCCUCUCUGAGAGCACGGCAAAGGACAUGAUUCAAAUUCCUAUUGCCGACAUGUUCAAGUGGCACAUCGACACCAUUCUUUCUCACUCCGCCAUAGCAGAGGUUUUUGCAAAAGGUUACAACUUUAUUCCAGUUUACGAAGAUCUCAAUAACCCAGCCAACGUGACGCAACUCCUCAUGACGAAGAUGCUUCUUUUGCUGAUUUACCGGUCAGAAUCAGAGGAACUACGCGUGCGUGAUUUGCAGCUGAUGCCCCUUACCCGUUUCAGCGGUGGAACGCAGGCGACGGAUAUUUUUGUGCAUCUGCAACGCAUUUCACCGUCUAUCGUGGCUAUUACGGAUGGGGGUGACGACAAGGUGAUUGGGUUGCUGACGCUACGCAACGUCUCGGAGCAGCUUCACGAAACCACUUUCGAGGCGGAAAUGGAUCCGCGGAACCAUUCGCCGAUGCAGCUCAUGAUGCGCUCAUGGAAGGUAUUCCGCCGUGUCGGCGAGUACACGCUCAACGUGAGUACUCGUCCAAGCAGCUUGAACGCAAGCUUCUCCUUGUACUCUGCGAUUCCGGCUGCUGAGAGGUCUAUACGGGGCGGCGACGCGACAGAUCGGCUCAACAUUGUGAGCAACCGCAGCACACCUCCUCCGCCGUUGGGUCGCGUUGCGAGGGAAGGCACAGGAAUCGGCGGGCAUCCGUAA